AGAUUAAACCUGGGGCCCCUUGCAAAAAAGCUGCAUGCAGUUUCGGUCACACUGUUUCUCUAACGACCUUUCCCCUUUCUUUGCAUGCUUUUACAACAGUCUGAGGCCCUCGGGUUAAGUUAAUAAAGUUUGACCUCUUGUGGAGGACGCAACACUCCUUGCGUGUCCCUAAAGCAAUAUGUUACGUAUACCCACAAUAUAUAUUGGCCUGGUUAUAUUCCAGCACUGAUAAGCAGCGGGAGUGAUGGAUCUGUGGGUCAGAAGGGGAACUGCAGAACAUUUGUAUUCUGUCCAUGCUGAAGCAAGCCAGGGGGCGCACGUUGAGGGCUUGGUUUCUUCUCCUGAGCUUGGAGCCAUCGGAGAAAGUCACAGUUGGUGUUGAUUUUGCCGUGGACGGGACUUGCCUCGGGCGAUGGGUGUAGGGUGAGCCGCUAACAGGAUUCAUUACUCCACUUUUUAAAGGCAGCAGGUGAUAUUGAUUCCUUGCAUCGAUCCGAUGCUGCUGAAAAGAAGCCGCACUGAGGAUCUAAUGUUUUCUUAUUUUGCAUUAGCGUGUUACAGCUGUAGACCGCUCAUUGUGUGUGUGUGUGUGUGUGUGUGUGUGUGUGUAGUGGAUUCCUCAACAGACUCAGAACUUCAUCUUUGAGAGAGUUUGAUGAGGUCAAAAAAUAUGGUGCAACUCUUCAGCUCAGCGGAGCACAUCGGCUUUCCUCGUUGACCCGGAUGCAUGAUAGCAGAGUGCAUGCGUGUAUCGUGUUACAGUGGGAUUUACACCACGUGUGUGUGUAUGUGUGUGGGUGUGUGAGCAUGCAGCAUCAGGCCAUUAGCUCAGCCCGGGGACUGUGGGAAACAGGGCUGCAUGGUCAAGUCCUCUCGUCCCUCUCCGCCUGCAGCUCUCCCAUACCUGACUUUGCCUGCAUUUCCCUUCAUUCUCAGUGUCUGUCGUCACUGCCAUAUGGAGCCAGCGGAGAGCCAGGUGCCAUAUGUGCAGUUCUCCAAGGAAAAGUACCUGCUGGAGUCUCCUCCUGAAAAACUUCGUAAGGAGCUGGAGGAGGAGCUGAAACUGAGUGCUGCUGACAUUCGGAGCCAUGGCUGGUACCAUGGACACAUACCCAGAGAGGUGUCGGAGACUCUGGUUGUGCGUAAUGGAGAUUUCCUCGUGCGCGACUCUCUGGCCGGCGUGGGCGACUACGUGCUGACCUGUCGGUGGGACAACGAGGUGCUGCACUUCAAGAUCAGCAAAGUCCUGGUCAAAUCCAAUGAGACCAAGGUGCAGUAUGUGUUGGAGGCCGACAGCUUCGACUCGGUCCAGGAGCUGGUGCGUUUCUACAUCGGCCAGCGCAAACCGGUGUCCCAGUCCAGCGGGGUCCACAUCUACUGCCCGGUCAGCAGGACGCUGCCCCUGCGCUACCUGGAGGCCACCUUCGCUCUGGCCGCCAGCAAGCAAAGCUCCGCCUACUCGCCGUCCAGUCAGAGGGGAGCGUACAUCAAGAGGCGGAGCGUCACCAUGAAUGACGGGCUGACGAUGGACAAGAUGAUAUCCCACAGUGACUCAGACAGUCCCAGUCCAGUUAAGACACCAGUGACCCCUCCAGAACCAGAGCCGGAACCUGUGCCCAACUGCAGCCCGUCGACCAUCCACCACCAUAAGGACGCGAUGCGGAACUGCGCGAUGAGCAUGGACCAGAUUCAGGAGUAUCGCCGCCCCUUGUCCCCUGUGGGGGAAACCCCUCGGUCUCCUGCAUACAGCGCCAUCACCAGGCAGAGAGCCCACUCCAGCGGGAGGGUCCUGGCUGUUGUCCCUCCCUCCCCCCAGAUGCGUCGCUCCAGCGACCCUGAGCUCAGCCCGCCGGCCGGUAACAACCCUGCCGAGCAUCCCGCGCAUACCUCGCACCCGCCGCACUCCGCGCCCGCCCGCCAUCCCGGCCACCAAACCCAUUCCUCAGAAACCGCGGGGAGCUACUGUGACCUGAGACCAUGUCCCGCCGGGCCCCCUAAGCCCCCGAACAAGAGCUACGUGGAGCGACUGCGAGUGGAAGACGGGCGGGCGGAUGGAGCGAGGGUGGAGGGAGAGGGGGUGUUCAGCGCCCCGCAGGUGGAGACGGCGUCCUCGUUCAGGCCGUCCAGGUACGCGUCUUGCCUCAUGCCGGCUGACAACAAGCCUCUCGAGAUGUCGGUGCUGAAGAGAGUGAAGGAGCUGCUGGCUGAGGUGGAUGCAAGGACCGCGGCUGUACACAUCACGAUGGCGGACUGCACGGUGGCUAGAAUAUUAGGUGUAACCACGGAGCUGCAAAGGAUGAUGGGAGUGUCUUCUGGGUUGGAGUUACUCACACUACCGCAUGGACACCAGCUAAGACUUGAUCUACUGGAGAGGUUCUACACCAUGUCCAUCAUGAUGGCAGUGGACCUGCUCGGGUGCACGGGCAGCACAGAGGAGAGGGCCGCGCUGCUCCACAAGACCAUCCAGUUGGCAGCGGAGUUGAAAAGCAACCUGGGCAACAUGUUUGGCUUUGCCGCAGUGAUGAGAGCCCUGGAGCUGCCGCAGAUUUCCCGCCUUGAGCAGACGUGGGUGACAUUACGCCAGAGACACACAGAGGGCGCUAUUCUAUAUGAGAAAAAGUUAAAACCUUUCAUGAAGAAUAUGAACGAUGGAAAAGAGUCGAACGCCCUCGCCAACACGUCCGUGCCCCACAUAAUCCCCAUCCUGUCCCUAUUGGAGCGGGGCAUGGCGGUCGGCGAGGCGCUGGAGCCCUGGGAGAGUGCCGAGGUGGGAGUAGAUGUGGUCAUGUACCACCUGGAGGCAGCUCGUACCAUGGCACAUCACGGGGGGAUCUACAGGAGCAACACUGAGACCAAACUGCAGGGAUUCCAGGAGCGAGCAGAAAUACACGAGAUCUUCCAGACCGAGUUCCAGAUGCGUCUCCUGUGGGGCAGCCGUGGCUCCGAGGGCAGCCAGUCGGAGCGCUACGAGAAGUUCGACAAGGUCCUCACGGCUCUCUCGUACAAGCUGGAGCCUCCGGUGCGGCACAGCGAGCUAUAGCACCUGCCCCCCCCGACAACCGGCCCCUCCAAAACGACCCCCGUCCGCGCACAGCGCUCCGCGUGGUACGGUCUUGUUUUGCGAUGGAAGAGGACGAUGUGGAAGAGUCCACGGCGAGGACGCAAGGAGAGGGAGGGGAGGCAAAGAGGCAGCUGACAGAGCACCAGCAGUGGGGACAAACCGAAAAGUAGGGUUUCACUUUCAAAACGUGAUGACCUCGAUGUGUAUUUCUCUCUCCGUGGACGUCAUCUGGAGCCGGAACAGUGACAUGUGUACAGUGCGCCCCCCCCCCCCCCCCCCCCCCCCCACCCCCCCCCGACCCCCCUAGGGCCAGACAGGGCUGCAGAUUCAAAACAGACUCUUGUUUCAAACAGCUGCUGUCCCACACUAGCAGGAAACCAACAAUGACUUGCAGAGCUCACGUAAAGAUGUUUGGUCUCUGUGGGGAAGUGUGUGUGCGCGCCGGUGUUUGUGGGUUCGCAUUCCGUCGUUUGUAUGUGUCAUUUAACGCUUCAUGUGUUUUCCCUUAUUUUUAUUUAUUUGUUACGAUCAAAGGACACACAAACAUCACGGACGUUGCUUCACCGAACUCGCGAGAAUCUGCCAGAGCUUAUAGAGCAUAUUCAUUAAACCGUGUUAAAUGUAUCACGCUGUCCCAUUGAAUCGCAUUAAUAAUGUGCAUUAAUAAAUGUGUCAGGAAUGGAACAUUUGCAGAAGUUAAUGACGGAUAAAGGGUAUGUUUAUCUGUCAUUGUAUGAGGGCUUUGCGAGUUGUUAAUGUUACGGAGGAUAAAGCAACUGUUUCACUGAUACAUUUGACCGUGUGUUUCUUGCACAUAAUUUAGCGGCACUAAGAGAGGGGAAAAUGGGAUGUGUACUCUUUAGAUUUAGUUUAAGCAAUGUUUCACUUACUAUUAAAACAUGUUUAAGAUGCAGAAAUAGUUGAAAUGGUUGGUGCAUGAAGCUACAAAUGUUAUACGAAGUAAAAUGUUGCUCUAAACUAUUAAUUUAAAUGUAUAACAACUUGUCAAACUUGAGAAAUAUGCAGGUAAUAAUAACAAUGAAGAUCUUUCAGGUCUGUAAAAUAAUCUGAAUUGAUACCAAACGGAGAGGAAUCUGUUAUUUUUCUUAUUUUUUGAAAAACAAUGAAUGAUAAAAUAAGGACCACAGCCCUACUGCAGGGAAUGUCUUUUGAUUGUAUAGCUUGUGUUCCAGCAGUAGAGCUAUUUUUAUCAUAGCUAUGGGAUUUUGUUGUGGACGACUGUCAGUGUUAAAUCAUUCAGAAGGCCGGAGCCGACUCCCAGAAGUAUUCAAAGAUAUUAAGGACUGAGACCCCUGAGGUACACACACCUGUUCACUAAACUCACGUCAAUGUAUAUGCUUUGUUCUCUCUGGUGAUACGAAACAAAGUAAUGUCAGAUAUCGAUCAAUCGGAAAUAAUUCUAAAAAUAAAACCAUUGCUUGGAGUCGUAUCUGAGAUGCUUCA